CGUGGGGUUGCCAUGGAGAUCCCACCCAGGGGUGCACUAGAAGCCGUGGAGGAGGAUGAGGAUGGCGCGCAGUUUAGCACCGAGGAACGGUUCCAGCACCUUGGACAGCGGCGACGGCGUGGACCACCUUUCUGCCAGCGAAGCUACUACAUGCUCAUCGUGAUAGGGGAGAUAGCGACAGAGCACCAGCUGCAGGCUGCCAGGGAGCAUAUAGAACGGGGCAUCCGCUCCUGGGACAUCAGCCUUGCGUCAUGUGACCUGGAUCAGCAGCUGCAGCUCUUUGUGACGCGGCACUCGGCCCACUUCUCCACCGAGGUCAGAGGACAAAGAAUUUUACAACACAAAAGCAAUGUCCUUGAGACGGUGGUCUUAGUCAACCCGUCGGGAGAUACAGUUGUUUCAGAGAUCCAGUCUCUCGUGGCUGGCCCAGCUGCGAACAAACUCCUGGUCCUGAGUGGACAAGGCUCAGACCAAGGUGACCUACUUCUUCAAACUGGAGUAUUCAGCUAUCAAAGUGUAUCACGUACAUUCAGUGAGUUUGGGGUCAGUGGUGUCUUGGGAAAACUUCCCCUGGAGCAGCGCGCCACCCUCACUGUGUUCUGCCGAGGGGAGGUGGGCUGGAGCUCCUUGGGGCAGCAUCAAAAUCUUCGGGAGGUUCUGGACUACAGACUGAACCCUGAGGCCAUUCUCCCAAAAAUGGAGGGUGUCACUGAGUUCACAGAGUAUAUCUCUGAGACUGUAGAUGUUCCAUCUCCCUUUGACCUUCUUGAACCACCAACCUCUGGAGGCUUCUUGAAGCUGUCCAAGCCCUGCUGCUACAUCUUUCCUGGAGGGAGAGGGGACUCUGCCCUUUUUGCCGUCAACGGAUUCAACAUUCUAGUGGAUGGUGGCUCUGACAGAAAGUCAUGUUUCUGGAAACUUGUGAGGCACCUGGAUCGGAUCGACUCUGUCCUUCUCACCCACAUUGGAGCAGAUAACCUUCCAGGGAUCAAUGGCCUCCUCCAAAGGAAGAUUGCAGAACAAGAGGAGGAGCAGUCACAAGGAUCCACCAACUACAGUGACUGGAUGAAAAAUCUAAUCUCACCAGAGCUUGGUGUUGUUUUCUUCAAUGUACCCGAGAAGCUACGCACAUCAGAAUCAAACUUGAAAGUAAAACGAAGCAUUGAGGAGGCUUCACUUACACUGCAGCACCUUAACAAACUUGGCAUCAAACCAGAACCUCUGUUUCGAGUUGUCAGCAACACAGUUGAACCUAUUACACUCUUCCAUAAGAUGGGAGUGGGCAGGUUAGACAUGUAUGUCCUGAACCCUGUGAAGGACAGUAAGGAGAUGCAGUUUCUCAUGCAGAAGUGGGCUGGAAACAGCAAAGCCAAGACGGGCAUAAUUCUCCCUAAUGGAAAGGAAGGAGAAAUAUCUGUCCCUUACCUGACAUCUGUCACUGCACUUGUGGUGUGGCUCCCAGCAAAUCCUACAGAAAAAAUUGUCAGAGUUCUAUUUCCUGGAAAUGCCCCACAAAAUAAAAUUCUUGAAGGCCUUGAGAAGUUAAAGCAUCUUGACUUCUUGCGAUACCCAGUUGCUACGCAAAAGGACAUUGCAAGUGGGGCUCCCCCAUCAGCAGUGAAACAAACAAAGAUGAGACAAAGGACUGACAGCAAAGAAAGUCUCAAAUCAUCACCAAAAACAUCAUCUAAAGUUUCCAAAAAAGAUGCUGAUGGGCAAGAAGAUAUUUCAUUUGCUGACACAAAGAGUGAGUCAAUAAAAGAUAACAAAACAGACAAACAAGAGGAGAAAAAGGCCAGUGACAAACCCUCCAGGACAUUAAAGCCCAAGACUGAAGGGACAGAAAAGAAAAAGUUGCUAAAAGAGAAGUCACUGAAAAAACACACUAAGGACAGGGUGUCCAAGAUGGAUGAAAAGAAAGACAAGGAAAAGAAGGAGAUAAAAAAAUUGAAGAAAGAUGAUUUAGGUAAAAAAGAUGACAAGAAAGACAGUAAGACUAAGGGAAAAGAUGCUUCCAAACCUGAACUAAGAAAAAUAACUAAGCCUGACUUAAAACCAUUUACUCCAGAAGUCAGGAAAACCUUGCAUAAAGCAAAGGUGCAAAGUAAACCCAAGACCGACAAGAGCAAAGCUAAAGUGGCAAAGGAUAAACCCACACCAGACGCACGUCCUGAGGUAAUCCAGCCUGAACCACAGCAGAAUGGCUUGGAAGAAGUAAGAUCUAUUCUCUCCACACCAGAGGAUCUUACCAGAGACUUUGAAGAAUUAAAACAAAAUGAAGUUCCAGCUGAAUUGUCUAAAGAACCAGAACAAACAGAACUACUAUCAGAAGAAAAAGCUCCACUGACGUCUGAAGGGCAAGAUGAGGGAACUGUGGCUCUCAGCACACUAACAGAGCAAGAGAAACAAGAGGAUAUACCUGAACCUGACGUCUCUACACCACGCAAGGGUUCUCUUCAUGAAGAUGUCAAGGUGACAACAACAGAGGAGAAGGAAGAAUCUGAAGACCAAGAGCAUGAAGAAUCUAAAGACCAAGAGCAGGCACAAACUGUUGCUGCGGCUGAGAUAGCAGAAAGCGAUAAAUUUGAAGAUGAGGGUGCAGCUAUUGAGGAUGAGGAGGAAGACGAGGCUGAAGAAGAAGUGCCAAAAGUCCAGCGAGACCAAAUGGAAGAGGAGGAAGACAUGGGUAUUGGAGAGGAGGAGGAUGAAAGUAAAUGGAAGGAAAUAAAAGACGGAGAGGGUGCUGAUAGAAAACAUGAAAUUGAAGAAAUGGAGAAAACUGAAAAACUCAAGGUUAUGGUAGAGGAAACUGUCCAUGAGCCUGGACACAAAAGAGAUGAAGAGGGACCAGCUAUUAAGAGCCCCACUCUCGCAGAAGCAGAGGAUUUGGAUGCUAUUGCAGAUGAAGAAGUCACAACAGAAGAGCAUGUCAGCAGGGAGUGGGAGUGUAAGGCAGCUGCAGAGAUUACUGGAGCAAAAGAGGAGGACGAUACAUACCUAUCCCAUGUUGGAGGGGCUACAGCAGGCAUCACUUCAACUGUGCAAGGAGCUGCUGCUGCUACAGUUGCUGCUGCUGAGAACAUCUCCUACAUCCAGGACGAAACCAUUCCAGGCUACUCAGAGACCGAGCAGACCAUCUCAGAUGAAGAGAUUCACGAAGAGGCAGAGGACAGAAUACCUCAUCUCCAGUAUGAUGUAGGUUCCUAUGAUGUGUCUGUGCCAGAUCAGACAGGUUCUUUUGAUGCAAUCCAUGGAAUGAAAGAGAUGCAAGCAGCAAUUCCUGAUGUAACAGCCAAAGGAUUUAUACAGGAGCCAGUUGUUUCUUUGUACACAAACAUCGCCGCUCCAUUGGCUGAAGAAGAACAUGUGUCUUCAGCAACAUCAAUCACAGAGUAUGAUAAGUUAUCCUCUUUCCCUACCUCUGUUGCUGAAGACCAGUCUAUUGCAUCAGUCACAACGGGUCAAACUGAAGAAACUGGCAGAAGUUCUUUGCUCCUUGACACUGUUAACAGUAUACCUCCAUUAGCCCAAGCUGACAUUAUACAGGGAAAGGAUUUCCUGCACUCUGCUGGAACAAUCUCUCCUACAUCUUCAUUAGAGGAUGACAAAUGCUUCAAGUCCCCUCCCUCAGAGGAAUGUCCACCCAUUGCUUUGGAUGUGAAAGGGCACGGUGAGGAACAUGAGGAGGAGGAGGAAGAGGAGGAAGAAGAAGACCAAACUCCCAAUGUUGACAUCCCACUUGGGAAGCUACAAGAGGGGUAUGCUGCUCCAUCUCUGUUCCAGGAAAACAAGAAAGAUACAGACAAACCUUCCAUGUCUACUUCAGAACCUGUUACUGAGAAGAAAUCAGAUAUUGUACCAGCAAAGGAAGAGACAACACUUGCUCUUUCCAAAGAGGAGACAAUGAUUGAAUCAUCCACAAAACCAAUGUCUCCACCUCACUCAUUUUCUAAAGCAUUAUUGUCAGAAUCCAGUGAAGGAGAGGAAAAAUGUUUCAGUCCAGAUGAUAGCACUGUGAAAAUGGCUUCCCCAACACAGUCAGGACCCCCUAGCGCAACUCACUCUCCUGUCCACCAGUUGCCUGGCGACGAGAAAGCAAAGUCUAUUCCAGGCCAAAAACAGGAUGAGCCAAUUGGAAAACAGGCAAAAGAAUCUACAGAGCAAGGCAUUCAAAAGGUUGAGCCAGAACAACUCUCAUCAGCUGGCACAUCUGUGGCAGACAAAGAACAUUUGGCUGGUGAUAAAGAACAAGCCUCAGUCUGUCAGAAAGAGAUGCCCCCAGAAAAAGAAGAUUCAGUCUCUCCAACACAGUUGCCUGUCACUGGGGUAGAGGCCACCUCAGUAGACAAAAAGCAUCCAAAGGACUCUGAAUCAAUAGAUGUGGAGAAAAGCAAGUUUCAGAUGAGUGACAGUGAAAAGGAAGAGUCUGAGAACAGAGAUGUCACUGUAUGUAGUAAGGCAAAGCUUGUGGAGGGAAAAGAGAGCAGAUUUCUGGAUGAUUAUGAUUAUGAUACCCAAGAGGCCGAAUCUAUGAAAGAAAUGGAGGAGAAAAAGGAUAAAGAAAAAGAACAUGACAAAGAAGAGAAAGAUGAGGUUGAGCUUGAGCCACAAACUUCAGCUAUCCUUGAAAAAGAGGUCUCUAAAUCUGAAAAACAUGAAGAGAAACAUGUGGAUGAGACCCAAUUACAGACAUCAUCAGGUGGUGCAGUACCGUCAGAGACAAUCAAACCAGAGGUGACAUCAGCAAAGGACUCAGGGCUAGGAGAGAAAGAACUACAGGUACAACCAGCACCAGACAGUAUAGCAAAACUCAAAACAGAUACAAAGUCAGAAGAUAAAAAAUUGGACACUGAAACACCUGGAAAAGACAUUCCAUCUACAGCAGUUACUGCUAAAGCAGCCCCUGAGGUUGAAGAAGAAUAUUUGAGUAAAGAUUUGCAAGACAGCUCUCUUUUAGUGUCCCCUGAAAAAGCUGAUGUGUCUUUGGUUAGAGAUCAAGAGACUAUAGAAGACAAAAAGGCUGAAGUUCAACAAGCACCACAACCUGCCUCUAGUAAGAUGGAGGGGGCUGCAGAAGCCGAUGCUGAAUCUGAAGUCACUUCCCUAAAAGAGAUCUCAGCACCAAUAAAACAAGAGGGCACAGCAGAAACCUCACAGCCAGUGCCUGAAAAAGCAAGCAUACCCUCUAAACUAGACGAAGUUACAGAGAAACAUUUGGAUGAGCCUCCAAAACAACCUCUGCAUUUAGAUGCAGAAUCAUUUUUGUCAGUGGAACAGUCAAAGCCAGAAACUGUAGACGUGUCUCCAAAAGCAGAUCAAAAACCCGAAGAACAGAAACAAGAGGUUGCCUCCAGGUCAGAUAUGGAACAUAAAGUGGACAUUUCACAACAGCUAUUAUCAUCCUCAAUAGAAAAAGAAGAAACAUCUAUAAAGGACUCAGGGUUGGAGGAGAAGCUGUCAGAGAUGGAUACUGUGUCAAAAGAAACAAAAACAGAUGCAAAAUCUGAAGAGAAACAACUGGAUGAGACCACAACAGCCCUGAAAGAAAUGUCAUCUAUAACAGUGACAGAUGAAAAAGUGACUUCCAAAGAAACUGUUGAGAAAAUCCCAUCUACUGCUGUUUCAGAUGAAAAAACAACUUCCGAAGUAAUUGUUGAGACUAAAGAGAAUUUGCCAGACACCUUGCUUUCAGAAACAGAAAAGGGUGAUGUGUCCUUGGACAGAGCCCAAGAAACUACAGAAGGACAACAAAUAGAGGAUCAACAGCUGCCAUCACAGUCUAUUUCAAGUAAAAUGGAUGUGACCUUAGAGGUGGAUACUGAAUCUCAAGUCAUAUGUCACCUGAGUCUCAAGUCACAAGAUAGCACACCAGAAACAUCACAGCCAGUGCCUGAGACAGAGCCAUGUUUGUCAGUGGAACAGUUAAAGCCAGAAACUGUAGACAUGCCUUCAAAAGCGGAACAAAAAUCUGAAGAGAAGCAAUUAGAAAAAACAGAGGUCACAUCCAAACCAGAUAUGGGACAUAUAGAUGACACCCCACAAAAGGUAAUUUCAUCAUCAACAGAAAAAGAAGAACCCAAAAUAAAAGACCCUAGUUUGGAAGACAAGCUGUCAGGGGUAGAUUCAGAGACAGACACCUUAGCAAAAGCAGCAAAAACAGAUGCAAAGUCUGACAAGACAAAGACUGAAGAGAAACAACUGGAUGAUACCACAACAACCCUGAAAGAAAUCCCAUGUGUGUCAUCAUCUGAAAAAACUGAGGCCCACUCAGAAGAUAAGAAAGGUCCACAAGAAACUCCAGUGUCAGAUAAAACAGACAUAUGUUCAAAAACAGAUCAUUUGCUUUCAGAAAAACAAGUGCAACCAUCAUUGUCAGCUUCAGAUAAAACUGUGGUGUCACCGGAGUUAUAUUUAGAACCAACAGAUAUGAGUGCUAAAGAUAUAACACAGCAACGAGUGCAGGCAGUUCCUGACAAAACAGAUGUGCUAACUAAACCUGUGGAAGUGUCAGAUGAGAAACAAGCCCAAGGGAUCACACAAUCAAUUUCCACGAUAGCAAAGCCAUCUUCCAAAACAGAUGCAAAUGAAAGUGAGGAAGAUAUCCCUAGACAGCAAAUAGAUACACUGUCUCCAGAAAAGGAAGUCUCCUCAAAAUUAAGCUUGGAGUCUGAAAAGAAAGGUCUAGAUGUUGCUGUACCACAAUCUUCACAGCCAGAAAAGGUAGAAGGUUCCUUCAGACAUUCCCCUUCAGAGAAAAAAGAAGAUGAAGAUGUGAUUCAAAAGACAGCAUCACUCUCGGAGAGCACAGAGGGCACCAAGAAGCUGGACUUUGAGUCUCAAAAGGAUAUCCCCCAGACCCAAAAAGAAGACAAAAAGCCACAGUCACCCUUGGAAAGCAAAGAAGAUACCAGAAAGGUGGACCUUGAGCCUGAAAAAGACAUGCCACAAAUCCAAAAAGAAGAUGAGAUUCAAAAGCCGCAGUCACCCUUAGAGAGCUCAGAUGGCACCAAGAAGGUAGACCUUGAGCCUCAAAAAGACAUGCCACAAACCCAAAAAGAAGAUGAGAUUCAAAAGCCGCAGACACACUUAGAGAGUGCAGAUGGCACCAAGAAGGUAGACCUUGAGCCUCAAAAAGAGAUGCCACAAACCCAAAAAGAAAAUGAGAUUCAAAAGCUGCAGACACACUUAGAGAGUGCAGAUGGCACAAAGAAGGUGGACCUUGAGCCUCAAAAAGAGAUACCACAGACCCAAAAAGAAGAUGAUAUUCAAAAGAUCCUGCACACAGAUAAAGAAAAGUCAGAAGUGGCCCCCAAGGCAGACGGUGAGAGUGACCAGGAGGAUAUGGGGUCAGACUCAGAAGUAGCAGGCAUGGCCUUUAUGCCCUCUGGGGAUAUCAAGAAAGACGAAAUGACGCCAAAGCAUGAACAAGCUGAACAGUCAUGUGAAUCUGGUACAGACUUUGACAAAAAACAAUUAUUAACGACAAAAGAACAAGUUUUACAAUUGGGGUCUGGAAUAGCUGAAUCAACUCUGGAGUUAGAUUCAAAGAAGCAUCUGGGGGACCCUGAACCACAAGUAUUUCAAUUAAUGUCAGAUGCAGCUUGUGACUUGGAUUCAGAAGCUAAAGUGAAAAUGGAUUUAGAAUCCAAAGAGAAGGACUCUGAAGAAGUCCAUGAAAAGUCACCAGAAUCCGUUCUUCAGAAAGAGGAGAAGCCUUCCAGUUCUAAUUUAGAAUAUCAGCAGACCUUAACUGAGGGUGCACAGUCAAAAACUGAAACAAAAGACAUACCUAAGUCCUCAGAAAAAGACAAACUUGAAGAAACUUGCUCUAGUGAAGUAGCUUCAAGAAGAUCUUCAGAUGAAUCCGUCAAAUCUGAUGGAGUGGAUCUGUCGAAAGAUACAUAUCUUGCAAUGUCCUCAAAGGAGGGAGACACUGUCCAACCAAGUAGUAGCUCAGAGAAAGUUGAGGUGCCUUUACCAAUUGUGAGUAAAGAAGAAGCUCCAACUCACAUAGAUACCAAAGAAUGUAUUAAAGACUCAGCUUCCCUUUUACCUGAAAUGUCAGAAAAGAAAGAGACUACAUCACAACCUCUUUGUACUGAGGACUCUAGCACAAAGACAUCUGCUUCUGAGACUCCCUUCUAUUCAGCAACAGCCGAAAAAACAACCUUGGGUUCAACACUACUUAGUCCUGAUAGUCAGUCCAGUGAUGAAGUACGCUCCCAACCUGAAAGCCUUCAGUCCUAUGAAGAAGUUAGCAAAGACUCAUCUCAUGAUGGAGAUAAAGCUGCACCAAGCACCAGUAAAGACAAAGAAAUACCAGCAAAGGAGGCUGAGAGAGAAAUGGAGGUGGAACGAGAAGUAGCCUCCCCAGGACUUACACCAUCCCCCUCUUAUUUCCAAAAGACAGACGAUUCUAACAUUUCAGAGGAAAGAAAAAUGUCUGGAGAAAUGAUGGAUAACAAGGAAGCAAAAGCAUCACAUCUGGAAUCUGAAGAGCUGGGUUUUGACAGUAUGGCUCCCCUCUCAGACAGAGAGGGGCAUGAGGUCUCCAAAUAUGAUCCAUAUGAAAAACCCAUUUCUAAAGAACAUGAGAGGGAUUCGGCAGAAGAGGACACUUAUCCUCUUGAAGAUAGUAAAUUCGUGGAAGGGGGAAUGGAUGAUAAUAGGAGACAGAGUCCAUCAGAGCUUGGAGCUGCAUGUCACAUAGAUGAGAUGAGUGAAGAGGAGCCCGUGUCUUUCAGUAAAGUAGACUACCACACCUAUUCUAUCAAAGAGACUGCUUUUGCUGAGCGUGAACAAGAUAUAGAGAAAGGUCAAGAAGAAGAGUUUGAGAGAGAAGUAAGAAGUGACACCCUGUCCUUGGAUAAGGGCUGUCCACAAACAGCAACAACGGACAGCAGAGCCACCCCAGUGGCUGAGCCGUCCUCCCCCUCUUCAAGCGCUGCUCAAGCAAUACCUGAGAGUUUGGGUGAAGAACAAGAUGACCGAGAGAAAGAGAAGGAACAGAGCAGUGAGAAGACAUCUGUUGAUGAGGGCUUUGGAUCCGCUUCAGGUACUAUUGGGGAGCAUGAUGAAACAGAAACACCAACAAAGAAAGUAACCACAGAUCUUAAAGAUCAGUCUGUUCAGCUAAAAAAGGAGGAGUCUUCCAUGAAAGACUAUGCCUCCUCUGAAAAAGAAAAGGACAAAAUUGAAAUGCCAUCAACUUCUCAACGAGACACAGACAUACAAUCAUCAUCAACAACAUCAUCAACAACAACUGAAAAAGAGAAGGUAGACGAAAAGGUAACACAACAACCUCCUUGCCCUAUUUCCACUGCAGAGAAAGAUGUAGGCCUACUUUCCUCCCAGGCCUCAGUGGCAGAAGAAGAUCAGGCUGCUGCUUCUUCACUCCCAGAACAUCCUGAGCAGCAUGUUGAUGAAAAUAUUGCAUCCUAUAAAUGUACCUCUCCUACUCGUAAAUCAUCAUUCGGGUACGAUGAGAAAGGAGCUGCUUCAGCCAGUGGACAUCAAAGAAUAUUUGCCGAGGAGGAGGAUGUUUAUGAUGACCAAGAGGAAGAGGAGGAAGAUGAGGAGGAAGAUGAAGAGGAGGAUGAAACCAGUGAUGUGGAUAUAGAGAAGGGUGCCAGAGAACAGUCUGAAAAGGACUGCAAAGGUGCAUGUGAUUCAGUUAGUCCACAACUCUUGGAAAUUAAACCAGAGAAAGAAGAUGAUUCUCACAAGAAAAAAACCUCUGACCUUGACGCUAAGAAGGAUCAUGACACUGCAUCUCAGUCUGCUGGUACUCUUCAACAGCAUGAAACACCCUCCUGUAGUCUGCUUCCUGGAGGAUAUCUUUCAAUGCAUCAGACUCCAUCCACAGUUGAGCACACUCGUGUAGAAGGCAGGAAAACUGCUGAACAUCGACUGAAUGAAACAGAUGCAACACCAGCCUUUUCUGUUUCGUCUGAUGUGAAGCAACAAUCUAGUGACGCUGAUAAAGUGUCAAAGGAGCACAAACCUGUUGACAUCUCUACUGAGAAACAUGAUUCUUCUGUUUAUUCAGUCACAUCAACUACAACCCAUUCUUCAUCCUCCUCCUACAGCUAUUCUUCAUCUACCUCUGCUUCUUAUUCAAUUACCCAUCAGUUUGCUGAGGAAUUAGAAACCUCUAUCCAUAUGGCUGGUGGUCCCUCCAGGCCAGACUUAGACAGUGCGUCUUUUGAGUAUUCCUCUUUCAAAGAAGACCAUUCGCUUACAAUAGAUUCUCCUCUCUCAAGUUCUGCAGCUCAGAUAAAAGAGGAAUACAUGGAGGUUUCUGAAAAGCUGGCCACUGUUGCAUCAACUGCUGAAUCUACAUGUAGCCCGGAAGAGAUCAAACCCUUUCCCCCAGUAGCCUUCACUGAAGGAAUAAAUCAAGAACCAAUGUUAUCACAGUCCUCUGACUCGGUACAUAAGCCUAGCAGUGAAGAUCUGCCGUGUUCAGGUCCAUCAGCUCCUGCCCACUCUGAAUUGGCACCGCCUGCAGGAGCAGAGUCCACAGGCAGGACUUUGUUUGAUGUUUCUCCACUGCAGAAGGCUGAAGAGUGUCCAGGGAAACAGGGAAAGACCUCUAAAGAAGAAUCUCACACAAGUGAACUUGAAGACAACACUUUACCAUGCCGAAUUGAAUGUAAAAGAUCUUCAGUCACUGAAGACAAGCCUGGAAUGAUAUCUUUGACCGAACAGCAAUCAGAUACCAAAACCUCAGACUCUCUGACUCCUGAUUCCCUGGCUGAGAGCUUCCCACCACAACCACCAGGAACCUCAUCUAAUGGGCCCACAGAGGCCAGCAUGAGCCCAAAAGAGGGCUCCAGUAAAGCUGGUGAGGAUGAAGCAGCAUCUGGCACUGUAGCCCCAAAUUUACCAACAGCACAGGAAGUAGAAAAAGAAAAGCAAACAAAGGGGACAACAGAUGUCUGCGAGAAAAAGGAGAAGGUACAGGAGAAACUUGAAGAUCAGAAAGAGAAAGAAGCCUGUAAGGUUGAUGAGGCAGAGAAAAAGCAAGAGAAGGAUGGACAUGUUGGAAAGGAACCAAAAGACACAGAGAAGCUUGAGAAAAAGACGGAUACAGACAAACAAGCUGACAAACCAGAAGAAAAGAAGGAGAAAGAGGACAGGAAGGAUGGAGAAAAGGAGAAGCCUGACAAGCAGGAAAAGGAAGAGGUGCUCGGCAUUAAGCAGAGCAUUACACCUGACUGGCAACUUCAAAUGCAGAGCGCUGCAUGUCCAGGUGCUCCCCUUGGGUAUGAGGACGACGAUGAUGAAGCACAGGACGAGGAGCAGGACAGACACAGUGUUGGGUUGUCAAAGCCUCCCACCUCUCCCGUCCUCAUGUCCCCAGUGCAGAAGGCUGCUCCUCAGGAAGCCUCGAGGAGGUCUGGGGAGGAGUUCAGCCGACCGUCGGACCUCUGCAUGGAGGCCACAUCCAGCUACUCUCCUUCAGAAUUCAAGAAGCACAGAGGGGAGAUUUCUCCCUCGUUCAUCAACCCCAGCCCACAUAUGCUGUCCAGCGACGAGGGCGAAGAGGACAGAGAGAGUGAACAUUCAAAGGACGAGGACGACGAGAGAGAGCAGCAUUCUGUCAAACGGAGGUCUCACAAGCAGCAACGUCAUCAUGCUCACAGUCACCAUGGUGACAGCAAAGAUGGCUCUCAGCCACCCUCAAGCUCUAUGACAACUGGACAAGCAACUGGGCUCGCUGGAGAAGAGACUCCUCCAACCUCUCUGAGUGAGUCACUGCCCUCACAGUCCGACUCUGACGUGCCUCCUGAGACGGAAGAAUGUCCAUCCAUCACGGCGGAAGGAAACCUGGACUCUGAUGAGGAUGCCGAGCAUCUCCCAGUUGACAAGCUGUCUGGGUCUGCCAGUGGAACUGGAGGAUCACACCAGACCCCCUCCCCAGAUUCAUUGGAGAAGACUCCUGACCCCCUUCCGGCACCCAUAAAGGACCCCGUCCCUCAUCCUCCUCACCCUGAUGUGUGCAUGGUGGACCCUGAGGCACUGCCCAAUGGUGACAGCAACCUCAAAGAGAGACUGGUGAAGAAGGACCUCAAACCCAAAGGGUUGCGGAAGGGCCUGGGGAAGCCCAAGUCGGCUUCACCUGGGCGGAAAGGUGAUGCCAGAGGCAAAAGAUCUUCUACUCCUGUUAAACAGACCUCCAAGGACUCUUCACCUCGGGCCUCCUCUCUCAUACGGAAGGAUCCAGAUAGGGCAUCUCGUUUGUCAAGGAUGUCUGAAGGUUCUAACCAACAGAAGCCCAGUUCAGUUGUUCCACCAGGGCCACCCAUCUACGUGGACCUUGCUUAUGUUCCCAAUCACUGCAGCGCUAAGAACGUCGACCAGGAGUUCUUCAAGCGGGUCCGCGCGGCCUAUUACGUGGUGAGCGGAAAUGACCCAGGAAGCGGAGAACCCAGUCGGUGUGUCCUGGACGCCCUGCUUGAAGGAAAGGCACAGUGGGGAAACAACCUCCAGGUGACACUGAUUCCUACCCAUGACACUGAAGUGACAAGGGAAUGGUACCAGCAGACCCACGAGAGGCAGCAGGAUCUGAACAUCAUGGUUCUGGCAAGCAGCAGCACUGUGGUCAUGCAGGAUGAAUCUUUCCCUGCUUGCAAGAUUGAGUUUUAAAUCUAGAUCUUUUUUUCUGUUGUUCUUUAUUUCUCCCUCCAUUGUGAGAGGAGCUGCUUUGUCUCUUUGUCGUACUACAGGUUGCUACAUAUUUUUAGCUCUAAUCCUCAUUUACAAGCCAGGCCACAUUCUCUGAUGUAAUUUAUUUAGGCUUUCCUCUAACUUUACAACUGGUUUAUUCAUCAUUUGAAAACAUCUACAAGGGUUCAACAUGAAGUGUAUACUUGGGGCACAGAAUCCACGAGAAUGUAAUCUAAACUGCAGACUGGAAUUGUCUGUGAAGCUUUACCACAUCAUAUACAAAAGCUCUAAAAUUGACUUACAAUACUUACUUGAUAUGAUAAAACCCUCCUGAAUUAGAUAUUAUUAGAAGCACAAGAAUGCCCUUUUACAUGUCUUCAAAUACACAGCCUCUCCUCACUCAUGUGGAGGUGUAUGUUUUAUACAUGUUCCUCCGCUUCCAUUCAGUUACGUAGAUUGUAUAUGAGUCGGAGGAAAGCCUCUGAUGGGUCAAUGUGACAUUUGGGUAAUAGAUGCCUACAGCAGGCUGAUGACAAGAUCAAAUUGUGUUUGAGCAGUUAUGCCAUAGACAGUUCGCAAACUUCAAAGUGCCAUUUUGUCAGUGCAUGUCAAGCCUUGUUGGGGGUAUUUGUGUGAGUUUCUGGGCACACACGUGUGUUCAUGUCUCUCCAGGUUAAUGUGAACGUGCUCUGCAUUGUAAAACCGAUAUUCCAAAUGGCAAAUCCAAAGGGUCUUUGAGGUGCCAAAUUUCUGUCUAAAAAACACUUGUUGAGGAUGUCCAAAUGUCUCUCCACAGUGCGCUACCUGCAGUGAAGCGUGUGCAAGUAAGAUUUAUUUAUUCCUGACUAUUUGCCAUCUAGCCAUCGCGAGGUGUUUUGGAGCAGCUUCAUUGCUGUCGUCCUCAUUGUGUUGGCACAAUGCCUGCUAUCAAGGCACCGUAGAUACAGUGUAGGUCUUGGCUGAUCUUUUCAUACUGUACAAGUCUGUGAACUAGUGCAGAUGCUCUUUGGCUGAGCAAGUUAACAUAUACAUGAGAGGCAGAUAUUUGGCUUAUUUCAAGUCAGUGAAUGCCAUGCCAUACAACCUCUCUCUUCUUAUCUAUGAGCAUUGCUCUCAGACAUACAGUCAAUUAUUACAAGAUCACUGAGAAUGUAAAAUAUAUGUUAGCAACUGUUGCAGAUCUUAAAAAAGCCACAUUGUUUAGCAGAUACAUGGUAGAGGUAUGUUGUAAAAGUAAAGCAGUAUGCUUUUAGAAAAUUAUUCUUCAUUAACGGACUCAAAAAAUUCUUCUGGUGACAGAAUUGUAAAAGCAUUUGUUUAUCCAGAGCAGUUGUAGCGUAGUUGGAGCGUUGCAAAGUGUGACUGACUGAGAGCACAUGAGUGUGCUUGUUCUGACGUACUGUAAGCUGGUCCAUGAUGAUGUGCCUUCAGGGUGAGCUGGAGCUCCUCUGUGCUAUGGGGAGGUGGAAUUCUUUAGAGGAAGACCUAAAAUCACGAGGUAUACAAGACCUGAGCAGGAGAAAAUAAUCAACAAGUCAACACUUUAAAACACACUCUGCAAUAUUGCAGAAUAUUGCAUCCUACCAAAAAACAGUAACCAUUUCCCCAGCAGUUAUGGUGUUGUGCUGUGCGAUUUGUUGUUGCUACUGUCUGAAAAACCAUGAGCUGUUUAGGCAGUUGCACUCAACGUAUGCAUUUGUUUCACCAUAGUGUGAUAUCCCCUAUUCUAAAGUGUCACAUGGGCCAAACAAAUACCUGAAAACCAGAUAGCGCACCCUUUUCGACUGCUCUUUCUCAGUGUGAGUAACUGAGUAGAAGCUAAUGAGAGAUACAUGUGCAUGGGCAGAACACUGUGUUCUGUACAGGGAGAGAUAGUUUGGUUUAAAAUCUCACUAAUAAUCAAAGGUUACUGGAGGGAGAUGCAGCAUGAGAAUGUUGUUGGCUAUAGGUAGAGGUAUUGUAUAGCAUGCUUUCCCAGAGCACUGUGGUUGGCUAUACUGUAGAUGGUAGAGGUAUAGCAUGCUUUCCCAAGUACUGUGGUUGGCUAUAGAUGGUAGAGGUAUUUUAUAGCAUGCUUUCCCAAGUACUAGUAGUGUGACUAAGUAGACUGGUGUGUGUGUGUGUGUAUUACUAGCACAAUGGACCAGACUUGAGGAUGCGUUUUUAGCUAAUGGUUGUUUUGCUGGAUGGGAUGAAUGCUUUUGCAUUUUUCAAAUUACUUUGGCACUUUAUAGUGAGAUAACUGAACAGAAGAGCAUAUCAUGAUGAGAUCUUGAAACGAAUGUUAGACAUUUUCAUUUUUGUAGCAUAUCUUUAUUUAUUUACAUCACAUAAUUUGCAUCAAUUUAUCUUAACGUACAUCAUUUUACAACAGCAUGUAGAAUGUACAUGUGUUUACAAAUUAUUUUGUUACUCGUACUCAUUUUGUUACUUCUUUUAAUUACAACUCAUCAUGCUUAAAAUCCUCGGGGCAAUGACUCACCUUGAUGUCUUAUGCCCAGUACAUCCUUGGGGCUAAAGUUUCUGUAGAGAGGGGUCUGAAGAAACACGUUUGAAGUAACAUACUGAUCUCAAUGGCUAAACUUAACCUUGUCUCCUUUUAAGAGAUUGCUCUCACCAUUAGUUAGUACUGAGUCCGUUUGUUGCUUUAGUUAAUGACUAGGCGGAAUAGUCAACUUCAGACAAGCCCACCCCUCUGUUCUAUGAAACCAGCCAACUCAUGAAUUUUCACUCGGCUCCUCAUAUCAUCCACUUGGAACACCUAAUGUAAGAUAGGGGAUUAAAACCCAACCAUAGACAUUAUAUGUAUGUACAGGGUGUUUGAGUGGUUUGAGUGUUUGAGAAUGCCUGCAGUCCUCAUAGACCGAUGAACUCUGUGAGGACUGCAAGCUAGUGUAAGCUGUGUACGCACAAGGCUAGCAUGAUGGGCGAGGGGUCUGAGAGAAAAAAUAGGAUGUCUUAAUCUAGCUGUCUUUGGAAACACAAUAGAAUGGCCUUGGACAAGUAGGUCUGCUGUACCUGUUUGUAUACUGUAACAGUACAAUUAUAUUAUAGACUCCUCACAAACAUAUGAAUCUUCAAAUCAGAGCUGGAUCAAUAUGAAAAAGAUAUUUUUUUCAUCCAAACAAGAAAUAGAUUAUGAACUAGUUUGAUAUGAUGCACUGUAAUGUAUGUCCUCACAUUGUGGUAUAUUUUUAAUAUUUGAACAGUUUAACUUACUCAAUUCCGAAAAACUGGCCUUAGUAACACGCACUUCGGGGCCUUGUCAGUUUUCUGUGAACGGCUGCUGAAUGCAAUAUAUGGUGUUUAAAAGCAGAAUGCACUAAUCUUAAACUAAUCUUUUUGAUUGUUGAGUUGAUAAUCUGAAUGCUGUUUGGGCUCACAAAAAUGAAACGUACAAGCAUAUCACAGAUUUCUGGGGGAGAAAGCUGGUAGUGUUCAAUUCAGAGCCCACAUUGGUGUUGCUACACUGUUAGCUUACCAUUGAAUUAUGGUACAUGUAUUAACAGUGUGGUGAAGGUUCACGGAUUCAUUGCUGACAUAUUUCACUGUUUAUGUGAAGUACAACUGUUUCUGUCAUAUCUAGGAUUCGUAGGGCUGUCCACCCACAACCACAAUACUCUGAUAUAAUCUGUAUCAACUACAGUUACAAGGUUUAGUAUCCUGAUUAUGACUUGAAAUAUAUGAACUUUGAACUAAAGAUCAAAUGAAUGGUACAGUAUGGUGAAAAAACCAUGCACACUCAAAUGUGUAUAUACACAAGAAAACAAAACACGAUGAAGAAAAUGUAAUCUUAUUAUUGUGAUUUUUUUUUAGAUUUUUUUGUGCGUUUCAUCCCCUUUGUAAUCCUACUCUCUCAAAGCAAAAAUAGACUGCAGAGAUGAACCGCUGCUUCAAAUCCAUAUUUUGUUUUGUCCAAAUCACCCCCUCUCCCCCUCAGUCAGUCCUCCAUCUGAUGUCUGACCAUUUGAACGUAUACCAUGCAAAUGCUACCAUCUUAUCUCUGCAUGUGAUCUUAGUUAUAAUCUUGAAUGUAUUUGUUUCAAAUGGAAAUUAAACAAUUUAAGAGCUAUAUUUGAACAAGCUAUUUGUCUUAAUGGUACCGAAAAUAGCAUAUAUUUACUGGGCUGUGCUUCUGUUUGCCCCAAGGUGUUGUUAAGAAUAUGCUGUGAUAGUUCUUCUGUUUCCCGCCGCUGUAUUUAAUAAUCUUAGUUCUGUUCCUCCCGAGUGCAAUACUCCACAUCUCUAUUUAAAAUCUAAAUGCAAAGCUAGACUUUCUGCUGAUUUAAUGUAAAAGGGAAACAUCCUGGUGAUCAUCAAUAAAAAUGAUAUUGAAAUUCAA